AUGGUACCAGUAGACUUUUUCGACGAAGGGCUGCUGCAAACCUUCGACACCCCCACCCCCCACCCCCCACCCCCCACCCCGGGCCCGCCAGCCGCUGCCCCCAGCCCAGCUCUCGGCCAGGGGAGCAGUGGUGCCAAGAAGACCGCGCGACCUGGCUUUACGCGCGGCCCGCCGCAGUCGCGGUCCCGGGCCUGGGUGGGACUCGAGAGCACUUCCCAGCGCCCAAGCCAUGGUGGCCAAACAGCGGAUCCGGAUGGCCAACGAGAAGCACAGCAAAAACAUCACCCAGAGGGGGAACGUAGCCAAAACCCUGAGGCCGCAAGAAGAGAAAUAUCCUGUGGGACCAUGGCUGUUGGCACUGUUUGUUUUUGUUGUCUGUGGCUCAGCUAUCUUUCAGAUCAUUCAGAGCAUAAGGAUGGGCAUGUGAGAAGGCCCGGGGAUUUGACACCACCUCCUCCCACUGGAGGGCGGAGGACCACUUCGGCUUUUAGCCAGGUGUCUGUGGGAAGCAAACAAGCCACACAGAAUAGAAACAAAUGCUCCCUCCAUUGUUCCCCGAUCCCUUCAUCGUGGAUGUCAGACCACAUUGCCUUCUCACAGGACAUCUUGGUACAUCCGUGUUCUCGAGCGGAAAGGACAUUUUGCUUUUCUGUUGGCGGGAUUGGUAGCUGCCGAGUGUCUGCAGCAGCGCCCUGUCUGGUUUUGCCCUUGGUCUCACUAAUGUCUGCAUGUGGCCCUCCGGAUGAUCACCAAGUUGCUUUCCAUGGAUACGGCCUCUCCUCCAUCGGGAGUUGGUUUUACAAAUAAAUGUCUUUGUUCAACCUUC